AUGCCAAAUAAUAAACGACAUACGUUCAAACAAAUCAAAAACAAAAACUCUAUAAUUCACCCUUCUAGUCGUAAAGCUGCUCAACUUCAACGAAUUACUUUACGCAAAGACCGUCUAGAAAGAGAUAAAGCUCGAAGGAUAUCUGAAGCUCAGCCAAUUGUCGAACGGUUAUUAUGGUUUAGAUAUGCACUUGAUGAUGCAUUUCCGUGUGCAACAAAAGCUGAAGUUUAUGAUUUAAUAGAAUUGUACAUAGCUCGCAAUGAUGAUGAUAUAUCAAAAUUUGAUUCACCAAAAUCUGUACAUAAAACUAAAUCAUCAAAAAAAUUUCUUUUGGAUGCUUUGAAAUUGAAAGAGAAAAGAGAGUAUAUGGAAGGGUUUGAAAUUCCGAAUUUAUUGGAUCCAAAAAAUAUCAAGAUCUUAAGACAAUGGGAUGGUGAUAUUAAUUCGAUGUCAAGAAUUAAGACAAUAAGAAUUGAAGAUCCAAACAAUAUAAAUACUUUAAAAACAACAGCUCAAAUUCUUGCCAAGAAAGAAAAACAAAACAGGAAAUCUAACCAAAAUUCAUCAAAACAUAUUAUUAAUAAUUCAACAAUGGAAAAUGAUCAAACUAGUAUGAGUGCACAACCGACUAUUGACGAACUUGUUAACUCGAUUCUUCUUGAAGAGAUUCAAGUAAAAAUUAAAAUAUGUGAUUAA